AUAGCUGCAAAGUCAACCAUCAAGUCUAAUUAUUCGCUCCAAACAAGUACUCGCCUAUCAUUAAUCGCGUUCCAACUAUUUAUCAGAAUGGCAGAUUACACCAUGAUCACUCAAGUUUCACCGAGUAGCAUUCCUACCAAACGCCCUCGUCGUCGACGUCCCACCGUCUUCACUGAGUUACAGCUACAGAUUCUAGAGACGGCGUUCAACGACAACCAGUAUCCUGAUAUCAAUACUAGAGAACAACUUGCUUCAAGUCUGAAACUUGGGGAAGACAGAAUACUGGUCUGGUUUCAGAAUCGUCGUUCACGUCUCCGUCGAGCCUCUCUUGUUUCAAGCUCUACCCAUCAACCCGUCAUCAAGAAAGACGACAUCGGCCAUCCUCGCAUUCAACCAGCCCAAUUAGUUAUCGACUUGGCCGUCAUCGGUCGUAAGCGGAAGACAAUGUGCGACAUCGUCGACGUCGACCAGACUACACCACCCACCAAGAAGAUGAACAUCGUUUCUCCUGCAUUCUCUGUUGACUUUCUCUCUCGAAGCAGUCGAUCGACAUCCGAUUCAACGAUGCCUUCAUCGGAUCGACACCACCUGUAUCGUGACGUCACCCAGCUCCAGCAAAAGACACCACGUGACUGGACAAAGGGCGCCACCAGUCCAAUGAUGUCAGUAGACUUUCUCUCUCGUAGCAGCCGCUCUCCUUCUCCCUCUACAUCCAGGUAUAACGCAGAGCAUCUUUACCGCACACCGUCUUCAUUCUCCACACCGAUGGGUUAUCAUCCGUACGUCUUCUACGUCAACCUCUAGACAUUGACUGCAUCGACUAAUAAACUCUGAAAGGAACUUAUUGUUGUUAUAUAAUAAUUUUGCCUUCACGGUCAACGAUGCAUUCAUUUGUGUUAUCCCAAGUUGCAAUUGAAUAAAGUGUCAAAAUAUCAUA